CUCCGCUUGUGGCUUCGAAUAGCUGGUAAAUCGGGAAACACGGUACGGUAUGAUUUCAAAGCAACAUUUGAAGGAUGCAAGGGACACUUGUACUGUCCAAUGAGCAGUAUCCGAGCCUUACAGCCCCAUUCAUGUCCCCCUUGCAAGCUCAACCUGCAUCGAGACAUCAUGAAUAUUCAAUUAAUGACGUCGUAACAUUUGAUCUUGCAAAGUAUACAGAGAAGUAUAAGAUCGAGAAACAGACAGCUUUUAUCAACCUCCUCAUUGCAAACGCAGGGAUACUGUGCAAUCCUACCGGCUUGAUCCCGCGCCCAGAAGGUACAACGGUGGAGCAAGUGGCUCUUGACCUGUGGGAGAAGACGACAUGGGAGGACGCUGACAACUGCCUUGCGACCAACAUUGCGGGAUCAUACUUCACUUUUAUUGCGUUCCUGAAGUUGCUGGGCGCGGGCAACGAGCACCAGGAUAGCAAAUGGAAAGGACUCGUCCAGAGCCAGUUCAUCACAAACAGUAGCUCCAGCGCCCUGUGGCGCGGAGAAGAACCGGCGUACAUGUACAAUGCGAGCAAAGCUGCGCUCAUCAAUCUGACGAAGAACAUCGCAACGGCCUUUGCCAAGUACGGCAUUCGGGCCAACUCUGUCGCGCCUGGGCUGUUCCUGACCGAGAUCAACGAGAACGAUUUCCCACGGGAUCCAGAUCCCAAGCUUCCAGGCAGUUACCCGGCGUCAUGGCUACCUGCAACUCGAGCUGGGGCUGAUGAGGAUAUCGCUGGAGUUUUGCUUUUCCUAGCAUCUCGCGCCGGCGCCUACAUCAAUGGAUGCAUACUGCUCACGGAUGGCGGGAUGGUCUCUACUAAGCCAGGCUCCUACUAG